CAGUGCAUCUUAGCCUAACGAGCACAACUCUCGCGAUAGUUUCCAACACAUGGCUGCCUACAGUGUUAACUUCUCAAAAUGAGCUUGUGAAUGCAAACAAAGUGUCGAAGUAAAAGAAGUCACGUAUUUUCCUACGUUAUUAGUACUCCCCGGCUUUAGGUGAAAGUUUGACACCGUCUAGGAGGAAUUUGUUUAAAGCCAAGCUGCGAGCAGAACCAAAGGCCAAGCAAGCCACAACACAGGUUAGCGGGUGUUGUGAUGUCCUCGACCCCCAGCAGACUCAAAUACCCACACUGCAGGAAGAAGCACUAUCCUAGUAGCACUUACCUCACCCACGUCUGACAGCCCCACUACCAUACACAAGGCCCUUGGACAUCAGGCAGAGGACUUGACAGAAGAGACUGAUACACAAAGAGGAUGUCAGAUUCCACCGGAGGUGGUGAAAGUGGAGGUAUAACAGGUGCAGGGCAAGACACAGAAGCGGAUAAUGAGCCCCCUCAACAGGCCCUACCUUUUCCUAAAGGUGUCAGCUCAGAGGCAAGGGAGACCUCAGAAGAGGAGGUCCCUCCAGCUGCCAAACGGCCCAAGAUAAAUGAGGAGGAGCUGGGACAGGUUACUGAGCCUGUCAUGAUGCAUGGUGAAACACCAGGACAGUCUGGUUUACAACAGGAAGACCCAGCCCAUCCAGCACAAAGAACAGAAGAAUCACUACAAUGUCAAGGAUGGGAAGAGGUGCCUGUGAGUGUGGGAGGUGAAGAAGCGUGCCAUCAGAAUGGAAAUGGAGGGCAUGAUGCUCCCUUAGAAGAAGAAGAGACAAAACCACAAGAGGAGCACGACGCUAAUGGAUCUGCAGAGAGCCCCAGUGAAGGGCAACAGCUUGGCUUGGAUUUUAGCCAGAACCCCCAGAUGCUGACUGGUUCAUGGACUGAGUACUCCAGCCUCCCAGAGAAUUACCUUAAAGGCUGCAAAUGGGCCCCUGAUGGUUCCUGUAUCUUGACCAACAGUGCAGACAAUGUGCUCCGUGUGUACAACCUCCCCCCAGAGGUGUAUAGCUACACCUGGGAUUUACUUCCUGAGAUGAGUCCAGCACUGAGGAUGGCAGAGGGAGACACCAUCUAUGACUACUGCUGGUACCCCAAGAUGAACUCUCUGGACCCAGACACAUGCUUUCUAGCCAGCAGUAGCCGUGACAACCCAAUCCAUGUAUGGGAUGCUUUUUACGGGGAGGUGCGAGCCACUUUCCGACCCUACAAUCACCUGGAUGAGCUAACAGCAGCUCACUCCCUCUGCUUCUCGCCCGACGGGAUGCAGCUUUACUGCGGCUUUGACAAAACUGUCAGGGUCUUCUACACUGAACGUCCUGGAAGAGACUGUGAGGAGCGCCCCACCGUAGUGAAGAAGCAGGGCCAAAGUGGCAUCAUCUCUUGCUUUGGCUUCAGUUCUUGCCAGUCUGUUUAUGCCUGUGGCUCUUACUCCCGCUGUGCUGGGCUCUACUCCUGCCAAGACGGCACCCUGCUGGCUCUGCUGCCAACCCGCCACCAUGGAGGCCUAACCCAUCUGCUCUUCUCCCCUGAUGGCAACUAUCUGUACACUGGUGGGCGCAAGGAUCCAGAAAUACUGUGCUGGGACCUAAGAGAGCCAGGCAAGGUUGUGUUUUCUCUUAAGAGGAACGUGGCCACUAAUCAGCGCAUCUACUUUGACCUGGACCUAUCAGGCAGGUACCUGCUGAGUGGCAACACAGAGGGAGUGGUGUCAGUCUGGGACACCCAGACAGCUCCUACUGAUGGUGACGAGCAGCUGCUACAACCUCAGCUCAGGUUCCAGGCCCACUGGGACUGCACCAAUGGCAUCAGUAUUCAUCCCUUCAUGCCGUUGUUGGCAACUUCCAGUGGCCAGCGUCAGUUCCCGUGGCCCAGCGACAGCGAGGGUGACUCGGCCUCUGAUGGUGAGGGAGAUGAAGCUAUUUUGUCACCGCAGGAGAUUAGACAAGACAACACCCUGUCACUGUGGUGGGCUGGACCACUUGGCCCUGCUGCAGAGGGAAACCAGGAGCUGAACACAGCGUCGGUGGAGGUCUGAAGCUCUGGUAGUUCAUUGUUCUGGCACAAAUUGAGUUACACUUGCCAUGUGAUAUUUAUUUUGGGAAUGUUUGGUGUGGGGAAAAAAACAAAUUGUACCAGUCAUAUUCUUUUAGCCAUCAAUGAUAUCAAGUCCUGAGGUAGAACUGGAUCAUUCCUAACAGCUGGUUUAUUUAAAUAUUGCCUAUUUACAGUUCAAAUAAAUGACUGAAAUUGAGCCUUAACAUAUCACCUGCACAUUUACAACAAAACCUCAUUGUUCAUUCAAAUUCUGUACCAAGACUGUGAUCAGUCCUAAUAGGAAGAACGUUUUCUUUAAAACCAUACUCAGGUUGAUGUGCGAAGCAGGUUGCAUCAGAAUUUGACUGGGGUCCCAUAUUUCUCUCUUUUUUUUGCCAAAUUUGUGGCAGAACAUUUUAAAUUUCAGUCGAGAUCAAGUAUAAUGAAUCUUUUAUCAAUGAGGGACCUUUCCUGAGCCGGAUGAGUUUGAUUCAGCUCAAAGCCUAGACUGUGGUUGUGAAGCAGCCCAGUGUCUGUGUACUGAUCGCACCUCCAAUCUGAGUUUUCUGUGGGAAUGUUUAUUUACUUGUGUGUGGCUGUAGUCCCUAACUGCUAUAGUUACAGUAAGUGCCAUUUGUUCUUGAGCUUUGCUUUUGUAAACUAAAGAGAUCUUGCAUUUUUACCUUCUUUUUUAAACUACUGAACACACCACAUUUGUGUCGCUCUGUGCAAGUCCACAAAAUGUAUAUUUUUGUAAAGCCGUGAUGUAACUUCUAAUUUUUUGAUUGUGACUAGCUUGAUUACAGUAACCUCGUAACUAUUUGUGUCUUUAUUAAGUAGGCACACGUGGAAAACCUGAUGUCUGUUAUUUUUUUCUACAGAUUGUGCUCAGAUUACAUUUGAAACUGUGAGUGGAGAUGAAGCAGCACAAAACACUGUAUUUGAAUAAUUGCAUUAAUAAUGUACUACAGUGAUUUGCUCAGUGCUUAUGUUGCCAUUAGUGGGCUGUGUUUUGCUGUAGGUUAUCUUUUUUGAUUUGUAGGUGGGUCAGAGGCUCAGCACACUUCAACGACAGCCCUGUAUCUUUCAGUGCUAUCAAAUUUGAAGCCUCUGCAGGUUUGGGUUUCUCUUUUUAGAGCUCAAAUAUUUUUGCCAAGCAAUAUUAGCUUUGAUUGUAUAGCAAUUAUUAGAAAAUACUACACAAAUUAAUGCUCCACCACGAAGCACUAGCUUCUAAAUAGAUGACUGUCUGCAACAGGUGGAUUUUUGUGGUUUUAUUCAAGCUGGAGUGAAUUAAAAGCAUAUCUGUUCAGUCUUACUCAUUGUUGUCCUUUAUGUUUAAGGCAGGUCAGAGUUGGAUGCCCUGUAAUAAAUCCCCGAUGAAUGCAAGAUGAUGUUACACUCGAGACAAGAGACAGCUCUUAAAAGCUAAAGUGACUACUGGCUUUCACUUGUGAGAUGGAAACUAUUCAUAGCUUUCACCUUUCCACACAUUCUGUAUGAGUGCACACAUACUCAUAUAUUUGAUUGUAUGAAACCACAGGGGUACACUGAGCAGAGAGCCAGGUUGGAGAGCCGCACUGUUGUGUUGUGCAGGUUGCUAAGCGACCGUCUACGCCUUGGGAGAGGAAAGUAGGUAGAAAGACGGCAAGAGGAAAAAUUGGGGGCAGACAAAGAAAAAAAUGCCAAACAAGUGUAAUAAAUAAUUCAGUGGUGUAGUGAUUGCUUCUUGUUUGUCUGGUGGUCUGGACUUGUCUCAGUCUUGGCCCUACCAGAGACAAAAUGCCUGUAUUGCUCACAUUGUAGGGACAAACUGGUUACACACUCACAUUAUGUGUAAAUAUAUUUUUGAGCAACAACGUUGUUUAGGUCGGGGUUAGUCAAGUAGUG